CCAUGGCUUCUUUUUGCAGUGUAUGGCCCUUCUAGUGUAAAUGGCAGGGCUAAAUUUUGGGGUCUUAUGGAGGGCAUGGUUAAUUCAUUUGCUGGACCUUGGUUAGCAAUUGGGGACUUCAAUUGUUUGAUUAAUAGUGCAGAAAAGAGAGUUGGAAGACAGGUUGGAAAAGGUUCUACCAGAAAUUUUAAAAAUUUUGUUCUUGGAACAGGAGCCAUUGAUCUUGGCUUUUGUGGCUCUAAAUUUACAUGGUCCAAUAAACGUGCUGGUUUUGCUAAUGUUAAGGAGAGGUUGGACAGAAGGUGUUUGUAAUCAGGAAUGGCAAGGCUUGUUUCCUAAAGCCGAGAUUAAGCCUCUGAUAGCGUCAUCCUCAGAUCAUAAUCCUAUUUUGCUAGACACCCAUUUGGAGGACAAUUCAAGAGCAAGGCCUUUCCGUUUUGAGGCUAUGUGGACUGGAGAUGCAACAAGUUCACAGGUAGUUCAGCUACUUCAGCAAGCUUGGCAACUGCAAGUAGAAGGGUCUCAUGGUUUCAAACUGGCAAGAAAGAUUCAACAAGCAAGAGACAAGCUAAAAGAGUGGAACAAAACACAGUUUGGAUAUGCAAGAACCAGAAUCAAAGAGUUGGAGAAGAAAAGAAAAUUGAAGAAAUUCAAAAUAGAGCCCCAACUCAAGAGAAUCUAGAGGUUGAAGCAGCCUUGUGUUUAGAGUUAGAAAAAUGGUUAGAAUGGGAGGAAGUAAAGUUAAAAAAGAAAUCCCGGGAGUUGUGGUUAAAGGUAAGAGAUUGGAAUUCAAGAUUUUUUCAUUUAUCAACCAUUAUUCGGAGACAAAGGAACUGUAUUACUGAAGGAACCGCAUUACUGAAAUUAGAGAAGAUGAAGGAUCCAGACAGAUUGACAGAAAUGAAACAGGGGCAUACUUCACUACUAAAUUCAAAGAAGUAUUCCAAUCUUCUAACACGAGUGGCAACUAAUCUUGAUGGUCUUAUUGAGCCAUGUGUUUCAUACGAAGAAAAAAUAGAAUUAACUAGAGUUCCCUCAGAAGAAGAAAUUAGAAGUUGUAUUCAAUAUGAACCCACUUAAAGCUCUGGGCCUAGAUGAUAUGCCAGGAUUGUUUUAUAAACAUUAUUGACUAAUAGUUGGGGAGCAGCUUGUGGCUGCAAUUCAAAGCUUUUUCAGAGAGGGUUGGUUGCUUAGAGAGAUGAAUCAUACCUUUAUUACUCUAAUACCCAGGGUCCAAGGAGCUCAUAAUUUCAACCAAUUCAGGCCUUAGUCUUUGCAAUUUCUGUUAUAAGGUGAUCUCCAAAACCCUAGCGAAUCGAAUGAGGCCCCUUCUUGAAAAGAUGAUUGAUCCAGCCCAAGUUGCAUUUAUCCCAAAUAGAAGCAUCUCUGAAAAUGUAGUUAUUGCUCAAGAAGUUGUGCAUAGUUUUAACGAUAUGAAGAGGAAAAGGGGUUGCAUCAGGAUCAGAUCAGAUUUUCACAAAGCGUAUGACAAGAUGGAGUGGAACUUCAUAUCAGCUGUUCUAAGGGCUUUUGGGUUCGGCCAGAAGUUCACUAAGUUAAUCCAUCAAUGUAUGUCCACUGUUAAUUACACCUUGCUGCUCAAUGGUGGAAAGGAGACUAGAAUUUCUCCCUCAAGGGGGCUAGGACAAGGUGAUCCUCUAUCCCCUUAUCUAUUCAUUAUAGGCAGUGAAGUUUUAGCUAGAUUGAUUAAUAGAGAGGACAAUAGGGGCUCGAUAAAAGGAGUGAAGGUGUCCAAUGUUGCUCCUCCAAUUACCAAGCUAUUUUAUGCUGACAAUGUGAUGCUGUUCUGUAAUGCCAAGAUGUCUGAAGUGCGGGAUCUUAUGAACUGUUCGUUGUUAUAUUGUGAGUGGUCGGGCCAAAGCAUUAGCCUUGAGAAGAUAGGGGUGUUUAGUUCAAAAGGAGUUCAUUCCUGAUUUCAAAGGCAAAUUAAAGACCAAACAGGCAUCAAGAAGCUGUCACAGGGUACUAAAUACUUGGGAGUACCCCUAUUUCUAUCAAAUAAUAGAAGCAGAGAUUUUGAGUAUGUAAAAAACAAGGUUCAAGCUAGAACUGCCAGUUGGAAAAGCAAAAGUCUCUCUUGGUCAGGAAGGGCAAUACUCAUCAAGUUAGUAGCUCAAGCAAUACCAAACUACACAAUGUCAAGAUUCAUGCUUCCUCAGACUAAAUGGUAAGUCGGAUGCUGCUGUUAGGCGUUUUUGGUGGAGUCCUAAGAAGGAUAAUCAAAUCUUCUAUUCUCCACUGGCAUGAGAUGAAUUAUGCAAGCCAUUAAAGCAAGGUGGGAUGGGAUUCAACAGAUUUGAGGACAUCAAUUUAGCUCUUAUAGCCAAGGGUUUUGUCCGGAAAGAAUUGCCUUUUUGUCAAGUUGGUGGUUGCAAAGUACAAAGUCAGAUCAAGUUGGCUUACAGCACCUCAAACAACCAAAACCUCAUGGAUUUGAAAGAGCAUAGAGGAUGCCAGGACUCUGUUACAAAAAGGUGCAUGCAAAUUGGUGGAUUCAGGUGAGUCCAUUCUGGUGUGGGAAGAUCCUUGGCUACCCAACAAACCAGGAUUCUCUCCCAGUCCAGCCUCCCAACAAGGUGAUUCUUGCUUGGUGGUCUCUCAAUUAAUGAACCAAAUGAAAACAGGUUGGAAUGUGACAAAACUACAGCAAUUAUUUGAUCAAUAUCAGCAAUCUUGAAAAUUCCAAUUUGGAACAGUGGCCAAACAGACAGAUGGGCACGUACCAAUUCGGUAAGUGGUCAAUUUUCAGUGAAAACAGCAUACAAUCUAAUAAUGGAGAGUGAUGGACAAAAUAGUGCCGACUCAUUUAAAAGAAAGAUUUGGAAGACAAAGCUACACCGUAGACUCAAACUGCACCUGUGGAGGAUCGCAUCAGACUUGCUUCCAACCAAAGAUCAAACUAGCAGAUAUGUUCAUAUCCCUGAUCUAAGUUGUCCUUUUUGUGGCUUUGAUUCUACAUCCACCUUGCAUUUAUUCACUCAAUGUCAUAUUGCAAGGGCACUCUGGUACAGAAGUCAAUUGAGUAUCAGAUUGGACAACCUGCAAUUAUCCUCUACAUCUCAAUUGAUUGAAAUGCUACUUGACCCACCAAAUGUUAUGCAAUUUGAUAAGGAAAAUAAAGUGAAGUUUCUUUUGUUUGGAGCUUUGUGUAUUGACUGUAUAUGGAUGUGGAGAAACAAAGUUGUCCAUGAGGGAUUGCUGCCAUCUGAGGUGCAGAAAUCUAGAAGCUUUCAUAAGCUAGUUCAAGAACAUUGGCGGUUGAUAAAAUCAAGCCUGCCUAUGGAUUCUUGGAGAAGUCUAAGUAGGUGGUUAAAACCAAGGUAUAAUUCCUUCAAACUUAAUUGUGAUGCUGCUGUUGGGCUGAGUUACUCUUCUAUUGCUGUGGUUGUUAGAGAUUGGAGAGGAAAAUUGGUUUUUGCCCACUCAAAGAAGGAAAAUACCAAUGUCACUCUUCAAGCUGAGGCUGAUGCAAUUAUAUUGGCGCUUAAUAUUGCUACCAAGUUGAAUGCUUCUCACUUCGUAAUUGAAAGCGACUCCAAGAUAUGUAUAGAUUCAAUAAGAGCUCCUGGUGAUCAAGUUCCAUGGAGAUUGCUUAGCUUUGUUUCGGCUGUUAACUCUAUAUUUGUCGAGCUUGGUUCAGUAUCCUUUAGCUGGGUUUAUCAAAGCCAAAUGGUCUUGUAGCUUUUUUUAUUUUGGAAGUUUUGGUCUUGGUCAUUUCCCUCCUAGUGUUGUAGAUGUGAUUGUAAAGGAGGCUGACCCUUUUGUGUAGUUUUCUUCCUUCUUCAAUAAAGUCUUUUAUUUCAUCAAAAAAAAAAAGAAUAAUGAACAUGAUAGUUGCAUAAAGUAGAGCUGUUAAUGUUGAGGUAGACUGUAACAAGGUUAGGAGCUCAACUUUUGUUAUGGGUUUAAACUAGGGGCAAAAUAGUAAUGUCACUGUACUCCUUUAUAUCUAAAUAAUAUUUUAUGUGUUAGGGUCAACUUAUCAAACCCUAAACUCUUUUACUGUUACAACAACUUUGAUUUUGGAAGUUGAUGACCUUAUGCUCUUGGUGAGAAAAGAAAUUACUUGAUGAUUAUGCUGGUUCUUUUUCCCUUUCGGACUGGUUAUUCUAUGGCUAAUUCACAUUGUCUAGAAUACAGUAGAGUUCCUAAAUGCUAUACAAUGUAAUGGCUUAUAGCUCGCCUAUGCCUUUGAGCAUGUAAGGUGAAACUGUAUAUGGAUGACAUCAUCCAAAAUAGAAACAAAAUAAAAGACCAUAAUAUUGUUUAAAAUAACAAAAUAAAAGACACUGAAAAAGGAUUAUAGAUGAUAGACUUGGCCAAACUGAGAAUUUCUUCUCUCUUCUGUAGGCCUCCCCCCUUUUUUUUAACCAAGCAUAUAGGAAGAUCUUAGUUAUAAAUUUUUAAAUAUUAUGAAAAGCACACAUGAAACAAGAUCUCUAUGGGGUUUUGUAUCUGUGGUUUACUCCCCAGGGAUGGGUCCAAAGGGCCCUGCCUUGA